AUGGACUACAGCAUGGAGGACUCUCAGAACUCUGCUCCCGGUAGCGUCCAGGCAGCCAAGCUCGGUGGCGCCAGGAAGGGACCCGAUGCGCAGAGCGUCACCAAGAGAUUGCAGACAGAGCUGAUGCAGCUCAUGACUUCGCCUGCUCCCGGCGUCUCUGCCUUCCCCUCCGCCGACGGCAACCUCAUGUCGUGGACGGCGACCAUCGAGGGCCCCGACCAGACUCCCUACGCCGGCUUGACGCUGAAGCUCAGUCUCUCCUUCCCCAGCAACUACCCCUACGCACCACCAACCGUCCUCUUCAAGACGCCAAUCUACCACCCCAACUUCGACUUCUCCGGCCGCAUCUGCCUCGACAUCCUCAAGGACAAGUGGACCCCCGCCUACAACAUCCAGACCGUUCUGCUCAGCCUGCAGAGUCUGCUGGGCGAGCCCAACAACUCCUCUCCUCUGAACGGCGAGGCCGCAGAGCUUUGGGACAAGGACCCCGAAGAGUUCAAGCGCAAGGUCCUCGGCCGUCACCGCGACGUUGAGGACGAGUAG